AUGAGUUUUAGAUCGAUUCUUUCAGGUAUAGUUGGCUUAGGAUCUGGUUGUGGGUUAACAUAUUAUUUAUUAAAAAGAGACAAUAGUGCUGGCUCCAUCAGCAAUCCACCAAUUGGUAGUAACAUCUCUUUAGUCCCAAAUAGUGGUUCUUCCGAUUCUUCUUUAGUUCAAUUGAAACCAAAGGAAUUAUUUAAAUAUGGCUUUCCUGGUCCAAUCCAUGACAUCGAGGAUAGAUACCAGUAUAUUUCCUGUUACAACAGACAAACAAGAAAUCCAUAUUGGGUUCUUGAACACAUUACGCCAGAAUCUUUGGCUUUAAGAAAUGGUGAUAGGAAAAAUUCCUUCUUUAAAGAAGAUGAAAGGAUUCCAGAGAUGUUUAGAGCUAAGUUAAAAGAUUAUUUUGGAUCUGGUUAUGAUCGUGGUCAUCAAGUACCAGCUGCAGAUGCUAAAUUUUCACAGAAUUCUAUGGAUCAAACUUUCUAUUUGACUAACAUUAGUCCUCAAGUGGGGGUGGGGUUUAACAGAGAUUAUUGGUCUCAUUUUGAAUAUUUUUGUCGUCAAUUGACUCAAAAAUAUAAUAAUGUAAGAAUUAUCACAGGUCCACUAUUUCUACCUAAAAAGGAUGAGAAAGAUGGCAAAUUUAGAGUCACCUACGAAGUUAUUGGAAACCCGCCAAAUGUUUCAGUUCCAACCCAUUUCUUCAAGUUGAUUGUUGCAGAGAAUCCAAAACAAAAUCCAACUAGUGAUAAGGUCUCUGUUGCAGCCUUUGUUUUACCCAAUGAACCUAUUCCGAAUGAAACUAAGAUAACUGAUUUUGAAGUUCCAGUCAAUGCAUUAGAGAGAAGUACAGGUUUAGAACUGUUGAAAAAUUUACCUGAAAAUAAGACAGUUCCAUUAUGUAAGGAAGUUAAGUGUCAAUUGGUUAUUAGAGAAUUUAAUAAUAGUGUUAAAUCAUUACCACCAAAAUAA